GCACUAACCCUAACCCGGAGACGGCGCUUAAACUUUGCACAGAAAGCAAUACAUAAUCUCAAAUCUUAAGUGUCUCUCAGGGACUCACAGCCUGCCUUCCCUCUGCGGCCUCCUUUGUGCGGACCAUCUUUUGCACUCACAACAACCAAGAACCAUGGCCCAGCAACAGCAGAUUAGCCUCCCAGCCAAACUGAUUAAUGGAGGGAUUGCAGGCAUGGUGGGAGUCACCUGUGUGUUUCCAAUUGACCUGGCCAAGACCCGACUACAGAACCAGCGCAGCGGGCAGCAACUCUACAAGAACAUGAUGGAUUGCCUAAUAAAGACAGUUAAAUCGGAAGGCUACUUUGGCAUGUACAGAGGCGCAGCAGUAAAUCUCACCCUGGUAACCCCAGAGAAGGCAAUCAAACUGGCUGCUAAUGACUUCUUCCGCCACCAGUUGAGCAAAGAUAGUGGCAAGCUGACGGUGUUAAAGGAGAUGUUGGCAGGAUGCUGUGCAGGAAUGUGCCAGGUCAUUAUCACCACACCCAUGGAGAUGCUCAAGAUCCAGCUGCAGGAUGCUGGCAGACUAGCGGCCCAGCAGAGGGUGGUGCCCAGUGUAGUAACGGCUCUGAAGAUGGGGGGGACCAGCGCCGUUCUCAGCCGGUCCUACAACACCAGUCUAUCGCCUCAAGUCAUACGAGUGUCCGCCACACAGAUCACCAGAGAGCUGCUGAGGACCAAAGGAGUGACAGGACUGUACAGGGGACUCGGAGCCACAUUGAUGAGGGACAUCCCGUUCUCCGUUGUGUAUUUCCCUCUUUUUGCACAUCUGCACCAGCUCGGCCAGCGUUCGUCUGAAGACCCAUCUGUGCCCUUUUAUUGGUCCUUCAUGUCUGGCUGCCUGGCUGGAUCCGUUGCUGCUGUGACUGUCAGCCCUUGUGAUGUGGUCAAGACAAGACUACAAUCACUCAAAAAAGGAGCUAAUGAGGAAACCUACAAUGGAGUGGUGGACUGUGUCAGAAAGAUCCUGAGAAAGGAGGGUCCUGGAGCGUUCCUCAAGGGGGCCAGUUGCCGGGCCCUAGUUAUUGCCCCACUCUUUGGCAUUGCACAGGUUGUGUACUUUGUAGGAGUCGGAGAGUUCCUGCUUGGGUACACACCCAAUAGCAUCUACUCUGCAUAA